AGGGAGCUUGUUCGCUCAAAUGUCAUGGCGGCAAAAUUGUGUCCUUACAUUAUGUAACAACAUGUUCUCAUCUCGGAUUUUUUCGAGCAAACUAUGCUGUGUCUCGAGGACUUUACUUGCUAAUUCGAAGAUAAAUAGAUUUAGCUCAAGUUUUUCACGCUCGUACUCAGAGACUAUAGAAAGAAUCAAGGAAUUGCUGGCUGCCAAAUCCAACGAUGAGCUGAGAAGCAAAACUACGCGGCUUUUCGUGGGAACAGGGCAAUAUUACGAACACGAGACCAACGAACGGGUUAUUAUCCUGUCCCUAGGAGACGAUGGAAACACGAGGCCACCGUUUAUGCUACACGAUACUACUCUACACCGCGAUGAGGUGGUAAAGUUAGAGCAUGAACUGAAUUCUUUGCCACUGGUCGGGUUACUUCAUUCUGGGGAGUUAGACAGUGUGCAGGACUCGCCUUGGAAAUUCGGAUUUGUUCAUAAACCAGUCUUUUCGAUCUUCUCAGCUUCUGGAUUUUGCUGCCAGCUUCGGCAAUCAAAUUCAGAAGGAAGGUACUUUAGAAUCUUUGAUGAACAUGUGCAUGAAGAUAUCCCCCUAUCAGGUAUUGAUCACAUCCAGGUGUUCCUCUCCCCUGAACCAUGGGAAGAGAGAAAACUACGGCUCAAAAUGAAAAAUGGAGAUGUUGUCAGCAUCGUCGAGGACCGUGAAGAGAACAUGUACAAUGACGAUGGCUUGGCUUCUCUGAUGCUCACCACUGAAUGGAUGGUAAAGGCUGCUGGUCAUUUGUGUUUAACAGCGAGACAGUUUGGAGACACCAAGGUGUCACUAAAACUUCCUUCUGUUCUUAGAGCUGAUGUCAACCCAUGGGUUGCAAUGAGAAAUAAAAUAUGGGCUGAAAAGAGCAAUGAAAAUUGAGAACAGAAGAAUUGGCUCCGGAGAAUACAUUCAGGAUGAUGAUGAGGACAAGUGUUUGCUGCAACUGUAACUCUAGUGCUUGUGAGUGAGUAAUCAUUGUUACUGACAAUAUUAUUUCCUCUUUUAUGACUUGCUAGAACUUGCUAGAACUUGUUGGGAAAGUACUGAAAAGUCUGUGGUCAUUGGUUGUGGCUUAGGGCUUAAUGUUACAUAAGCUAGUUACUUAAUGAAAUGAAACAAAACAAAACCAAGACAAAGCAAACUAAACAAAACAAAACAAAACAAAACAAAACAAAACAAA